GACACACGCGGGGGUUAAACAUGAGUGAGUUUAUAAAGCCUCUUUCCUGCCGCCAGCUGCUCACUAAAGGGAUAUUUGACAAGAAGGAAGAUGAUGAAGAGAUCCGUUGUGCUGCUAUUGCUGCUGGUUGACAUUUCACACACUGUGGCUAAGCCCAAAAAUCGUUUUACCCGCCAUCCAUCGUGGAACUCCAAGCUUUACCCAAUUUGGAAAAAUGGAGACCCCCGUUUUACAGACUCCUGGAGAGGUGGAAAAGUAACAUUCAAUGUCGCCAACGACUCGCCAACUCUGACCGGAGCCAAAGUGACAUUCACCAUCGACUUGGAAUUCCCCCACAACCAAAAAGUACAGGAUGAUGGGGAUGUGGUUUGGGCAGAGGACUGCGUUGUCAAUGGAACCAAAUAUUUGGCAUCACAGCAAGUUUUCCCUACUCAGAAGACAGACUGGGAAGCAGUUUUCCCUGAUGGGACACCAAUCAAGAAGGACAAAAAGCCCAACUAUGUGUUUGUCUGGAAGACUUGGGGUCAAUACUGGCAAGUGGCAGACGGCCCCUCAUCCACCCUGACCAUCGAUACAGCAGACAUCCCACUGGGCUCCUACACCAUGGACAUUGUCAUCUACCACUACCGGAGCAAAGAGAAGUUUAUUCCUCUGGGUUACGCCUCCUCUCAGUUCUCCAUCACUGAUCAAAUCCCAUUUGCUGUUUCGUUGGACCAAGUGGAUGACAUCCUGGCUGGUGACAUGAGCUUCGUCCUGAACAGGGCCAUUGCCUUUAGUGUGAGCCUGCAUGACCCCAGCCAGUUCCUGAGCGAAGCUGACAUCACCUUUAACUGGGACUUUGGGGAUGACAGCGGGGCCCUGAUAUCCAGAGAACUGACAGUCACUCACACGUACAUCAGCUCCGGCUCGUUCAGGCCCCGCGUGGUAGUCCAGGCGGUGAUCCCAGACAAGGCCUGCGACCCUCCAGUGGAUAGCACAACCAAAACCCCCGUGCCACCCAGCGGUCAGGAAACCUUGGCUCCUGUGGUCCCUCCUCUGGGUUCCAACAAAGAAACUGGUUUGAAAAGCAAUGCGCUUUCCGACACAGAGGAGGACAAUGGUGAAGAUGAGACCUCAACUUCUCAACCUGCCCAGGAAGGGGCUGCGGCGGCCAAGACUCCCUCGCCCACCAACUAUGAGGCGCACGGUGACCCUGCCUCCAACACAUUGAGCGAGGAGACAAGGAGUGAUACAGAAAUGGAAGUUUUAAAGCGACCCUUGUUACUGAGAGGCCAAGCUGCUGUGGUCCUCGUCACCAAAAGGGAAAUAAAGGGCAAUCUGACUGAUGAUGACUGUGUGACAUAUCGAUAUGGCUCCUACUGCGCUGACAUUAAAGUAGUUGAGGCUAUUGAGAGAGUUGAAAUUGUACAAAUGGACAACAGCAUCGUGGCAACAUCAGGAAUAAACAACAAUGCCAUUGAUCUCACUGUAACCUGCCAAGGAAGCUUCCCCAAACAGGUGUGCAGUGUGAUUCUGGAUGCAGAGUGCUUGAAGCCCCUUCACUCCAUAUGCAACAUGGUGGAACCCUCCAAAGAGUGUCAGAUGGUUUUGCACCACUUCUUCAACGACUCCGGCGUCUACUGCAUCAACGUGUCCGUGGCCAAUGACGUUAGCUUGGCCGUCUCUAGCGCAAAAGUCAACAUUGACAUGAGCUCAGGGCUGUCGACCUCCAGCAUCAUCGCUGCCGUGCUGGGUGUCAUUCUGCUCGUAUUGUGUGUUGGAGUUGUGGCGUUUUCUUACAAGCGCCUGAAGUCCUACCACCAUCUAAAGGAGGACAUCAGGGUGGGCGAGGACCUUCAAACUGGCUGGCAUUCCGGUGGUUGCAAGACAUCAAUGCUGUGGAAGUUGCUCAACAGGCGAGGAGUAGUUGACCAACACCCCCUGCUGCAGGACAGACUAGUGUGAAGGAGGACCCAGAUGGAAUCUCCACAUCACAUCUCCUCACCCAUUCCCUUUUUAUACUUUUUUAAAGAUCCUUUUUUAAAAACGUUAAAAGCAUGUAUCAACUAAAUGUAAAUCAAUAUAUGUGGCCGAAUUAUAACAUUUUUUUGUAAUUGAUCAAGAAAUUUUGGUGCCAUAAUCAAAUUAAAGCAUUGAAUCAACACGGGUUUUCCAUUAAACUUUGCUUGAAGCAUUUAUGGAUAUCUUUCUUUAAAUUAUCGGAGUAUAAUUAACAAGAUGGUCUCGUACCAGUGGAAAUGAUUGACAUCUUUGCUGGAUACAUCUUGUUGUUACCAUCUUCACCACCAGAUGUCGUCACCGCCACAUUAACCUGAAUCGUUGCAAAGGAAUCAAAGGUUUCCAACGGUUUUAUUUGAUCUCAGGACAAGUAUUCACAACUGUGUUUCAUAGUAUUUUGCUUGUGAAUUAUUUAAUACUGUAUUUGAUGAUCUAGCAAAAGAACGACUUCAUAA